GAGAGACCUCGCAGGCAUCGCCGCACCCUCUCUCUCUCUCCUCGAUUCCUCAGUCCAAAAGCCCUCCUCUGCGUCUUCCUACGAACUCCACGAGAAGCAAACGCUUCUCCUCCAGCUCCCAUCCCAUCCAUGGCGUCCUUCUCCAUCCCCUGCCCCACUUCCUCCGCCUCCCUCGCCUCCCUCCACCGCGGCCGACUCCGAUCAGCCUCGGCCUCGGCCUCGAAGCUGGUGCACGGAUUCUUCGGCGUGUCGCCGCCAGGAGCUCGUUCGAAUCUCCAGUUCGUGCAGCAGCUGUCGAGCUACUCGAGCCGAUGCCGAUGCCGAUCUCGCGUUCCAAGAGCGAAUGCUCUUUCAAAUGAGGGCUCUGUAGCGGGCGCUGAAACGGAUGGAGAGGCGACGAAGGAGGAGCCUCGCCUGCCCGAUGCGCCGUCCAUUUCGGCUUUCAUGAAUCAAGUGGCGGACCUCGUUGAGUUAGUCGAUUCACGAGACAUCGUCGAGCUGCAACUAAAGCAGGCGGACUGUGAGGUCACCAUCAGGAAAAAGGAUGCCCUCCAACAGCCGCCUGUUGCGGCUCCCGUUUAUAUGGGGCCACCCCCUUCUCCACAACACCUGUUUCCUCCACAACCCCCGGCGGCACCAGUCCUCCCUCCUGCUGCUUCUAAGCCAGUUCCUUCAACGCCCACUCCGGCAGCACCGGCUGUAAAGCCAAGCACACCAUCACAUCCGCCACUCAAAUGCCCCAUGGCUGGAACAUUCUAUCGAUCUCCUGCUCCAGGCGCACCUCCUUUUGUCAAGGUUGGAGACAAGGUUCAGAAGGGUCAGGUUGUAUGCAUUAUUGAGGCCAUGAAGUUGAUGAAUGAGAUUGAAGCUGAUCAAAGUGGAACUGUGGCUGAAAUACUUGUAGAGGAUGCAAAACCUGUUAGCUUGGACACUCCUUUGUUUAUCAUUGCGCCUUGAAGUACCCAUGGCUAAAUUCUGAGCACGUUGUUCUCCAGUGGAAUCUCUUGAAGCAACUGAACUGCAGAGCAGAAGAAUGCAGCAGACUAGUCAAUUAGAUGUCAGACUGAUAGUUUCCCAACGGAUGAACCAAUUUAUGCAAUACUUUGUCAUGGAACAUCCAAAAGGACGAAAAGAAAUAACUUCCAUAAGCAUGUUAAAUUUGCCGCUUGCUUUUAGUUCAA